GAACUCUGCCCCAAUAACAAACGAAACGAACGAAGGCAAGAAGGCAAGGAUCUAAUUUAACGUUCUUGUUCUUAGGAAACUCGUAAAAAAAAAGGACUCACGAAUUACUAGCUGAAGUUCAAAACACGAAAAACUCAGUGAAAAUUGGCCUUCCUCCUGCACUGCCGUACCUAUAGUUUUCUGUAGAUUCCGUUUCAUUUACGGAUUGCAGUCUUUUUCACUGGCACUGGCUCUGGCAUUGGCCAUUCAUUGAACGUAAUCAUUGUUGCCCCCUUUGACAGGAUUGUUGAAUUACAGAAACAAUGUCCGCCUCAACCUGCAGAAAUUUCAGCAAAGCGGUCUCCUUCUUGGCUAGAUGGCACAGUUCCUCCCGAGCAGUGUCUGACCUGUCUUUCAAAAGGCAUAUUUCAACCUCUCAGCAAGUGCUGAAGAACAACGUUUUGUACACUGCUGUGUGUGUGGAGAGAUGUCCUGUGAUUACUGCGGAAAAAACCAAGCUAGAGCAAGAAUUUUCAGACCUCAUGUCCACAAUUGAGCUGGAGAACAGCGUCUUGUCAGAUCAUGAAUUGCGUCGGAGACGAGAAGAUCAGGCUGCUAAGAGGAAAAAGGAAAACGAAGAGGAAGAAGGCAAUCCGGAUGCAGAGACAGAAACUGCUCUAGAUCUGGAGGACAAAUGGGACGCGGAGCUGAAGGCUUUCACCGCUGCGUCAAGACGGACAGCGGCAGACGAGAGUGGAGACAGAAGGUCUCUGGACAGGUGUCUGGACUCCAGUUUGUAUCUUCUGGUCAAGCAGAACAUCGGGGGCAAGGACCACUGGGUGUUGCCUCAGGCGGAGUGGGAACAAGGGGAGACUAUGAAACAGACUGCCGAGAGGGCGCUGACUUCUGUGUGUGGAGACGUGAAAGCUUCCUUCCUGGGCGGGGCACCCAGUGCCGUGGCCAAGUUUGACCUGCCUGACCCUCAGGAGGAGAAAGGGGUCAAGCUGUUUUUCUACAAAGCCUGGUACAGAGAAGGCGACGUGACGCCUAACACAGAUGUUGCCUCCGAUUACGUGUGGGUCACCAAGAAAGAAUUGUCGCAGUAUUGUCAUCGUGGUUACAAAAAACAGUUGAAGAAAUUUCUGUUGUAGUAGCGUUUGGUUUGGCUAUUUAUGUUGUGAUUCUGUGUGUAAGUGCUGUGUGUGUUUCCUGGAUAACUGUGAUAGGUUGAAAGAAUGGAUGCUUUCUCGCUGAUUUAUGGUUGAAAUGAAUGGUGAAAUAUUAGUUUUCAUGAAAUAAAUUGUUUUCAGUUUUUAGCUGCAUAUUCUA